AUUCCUAAUGCCGAGGCCAGCGUCGGAGCGCCGCCACCGCGCGCGAAAGCCCCGGCCGGAGUAGGAUUUCAGCUCCUUUCCCUUCCACCAGGCCACUGCUGCAUCGGACACCCGCGCGAUCAAGCGAGCACCUGCUGACGCGCCAAAACAGUCGUCGGUCGUUCGCCGGCCAGAAGCUAAGUCGUUUACUCUCUCUCUUUCCCUGGCAAUCGCGCGCUACAGUUUCGCUCGCUCGCUUGUGUCAAGGUGGACUCUUUCUCCGAUCGGGACUUUGCAAUUGAGUGCGGGAGGAUGUUAUUGUGAUCAGUGAAUUUUUGAAAAUUUGCGCUAUUUUCUUUACGUUUGCUAUAGAUAAGAACUUUGACGUGGUACUGAAAAUUAUGUAGGCUGUGGAUUGUGAGAAGAAUUUUUGUAAAGACAGUAUUUCUGCUAACAUUUGUUUUACAUUUCUAUUUCUGAACUAAAAAUUUGUGCGUUGCAUGCUACGACGUUGUGCAUUAUUUUUUUAUUACAAACUUUGAUCGCCGACUUAUUACCUACAUCAAUCGUUAAUGUCAUUUUCCCAACCUCAAAAAUGAAGUUACCCUACCUGAUCCCCCUGUUAGGCAUUUUUAUUUGCGCCCACGCAUUUGAGGAAAAGAACAUCGUGUUCGCUGAGCUACCACAGGAAUCGGCGGCCGCCAUUUCCCAACCGAUUUCCUACGAAACGGACUAUGACAGCUACGCGCUACCCUUCAUCGCUCGCGAUCUUGAUUUUCUUGCCGGUCUGGUCGACAGAAUCGGUAACGCCAAGUGUCGUGAACAGUGCAAACUCGUGAUCGCGGGGCUGCACAACCUCACCACCUGGGCUGUUGAGUUCUACGAUGCUUCGGGAAAACUACCGGAGGGUGUACUUGGCGGCUCGACAUAUCACCUGGGCAACUUCGACGAAUGUCUGGAAAUCGGUCUGAACGCCGAUGACGCGGCGCCCGCCUCGAUCCGGGGCCAAUACUGUCUGGGCAACGUGAAAAUCGGUAUCCCGGAUGACUCGUACGGCGACGUGAAGAGAGUGCUCUCGCCCAUGUGGCGCAAAUUCAUGAAGCUUGAGCAGCGCUACGACGACAAGAUCGACGAACUGCACUGGGGAAUCUGCAUACCGGACGCCUGUACCAACAAGGAUGUCGAAGAGGUCAUCGAGACGAUAAUCGCCAACACUUUGGCCAGAACGAACUUCGAGGUGAAAACGACGAUUCCAGCUGACGCCUGUUACAAGAACGAGCCGGUUACCAUUAAUCCCUACGAGAUUGCCUACCUAUCUGUGAUAUCGGUGCUGAUAGCCAUCAUAAUCGUCGGUACGUUGUACGACAUUUUCUGCGUCAAAUCGGACGACAUGCCAAGGGAUGUGCUGCCUCAGGUAUUGCUGGCCUUCUCCAUGCCGUCGAAUUUGAAAAAACUCUGCGGACGAGCCCACGAAGAUCUGAAGUUCGAGUGUAUAUCGGGCAUCAAGUUUCUCACGAUGGUCUUCAUCAUAGCCGGCCACACGCUCAUCUUCGUUGUCAGCGGACCCGUACUCAAUCAGAAAUUCUGGCAGGAGGCGAUCGGAAAAGUGGAGAAUUCGAUCUUUCUGAACAAUCCUCUGCUCGUUGACACGUUCCUCCUGCUGAGCGGCUUCCUCUUUUCGCGUAUCCUUCUGCAGGAGCUGGACAAAAGGAAAUCCGUAAACUUCGGCCUGCUGUACAUCUACCGCUACCUCAGACUGACGCCUGCGUACAUGGUGAUCGUUGGACUGUACGUGACCUGGCUGCCGAGGUUGGAUUCCGGACCGCUAUGGUCGCGAAUGAAAUUGGAGAACGAGAGAUGCCACGCUUCGUGGUGGGCUAAUCUGCUCUACGUUAAUAACUAUGUCAACACCGAUCAGCUCUGCAUGUUCCAAUCGUGGUACUUGUCGGUAGACACUCAAUUGUUUGUGCUGGCGCCAGUCAUCGUUUACCCUCUGUGGAAGUGGCGCAGAGUGGGCCACUACCUCCUUGGAAGCGUCACGAUCAUCGCGACGAUAUUGCCGUUUAUCAUUACUCUAGUUCAAAAUUUAGACCCCACCCUGUUGAUCUACACCCCGGAAAUCAAGGAUAUUUCGGCGAACGAGUAUUUCAAAAGCAGCUACAUAAAGACGCACAUGAGAGCCGGCGCGUACUGCUUCGGUUUGGUCUACGGCUACGUCGUCUACCGCAUACAAAACUCGGACACGAAAAUAUCCAAGAAAACCGUUAAGAUCGGCUGGAUACUGAGCGGCUGCGCGAUGCUGCUGUCUAUGUGCUCGAUUAGCGUCUUUUACGGGCCGAGGAAGAAUUUCACCACCGUCGAGGCCGCUUUUUACUCGUCGCUCCAUCGAGCCUUGUGGAGCGCGGGCACUGGAUGGGUUCUCCUCGCCUGCAUUACCGAUAAUUCAGGUCCGCUGAGGAAAAUCCUGAAAUGGAGACCCUUCGUGCCCCUUAGUAGACUGACGUACUCCGCGUACCUCGUUAACGGCCUCGUCGAGCUGCACAGCGCGUCGACGGUUCGAGCACCUCAGUAUCUCGACAACUUUAGCCUGCUGGGCAAGGUGUUGUCGCAUCUUAUGCUGACGUUCGGCGGAGCGGUUCUGCUCUCGACGAUGUUCGAGUCGCCGAUUCUCGGUAUCGAGAGGAUUUUCUUGCGCCGCGGUAAGUGUAUACUUAUGUACGUGAUAUGUAACUUGAAGGCGCUGCGACUCGUAUACGGCGAACGCAAAUGAACACGUUACGAAAAUGGAUUACGCGUAAUAAGCGCACCUGUGUGUACUUAUACGUCUCGUUUCUUUUUCUCUGUCGACAGAAAGGAAGUCAUCGGCCACGCUGACGAAGAAAACCGAGAGCGAGGAAACUACCACCACAGAGGCUUGAGUCUGGUUCUUAUAUCGAUAAGUUGUUUUUUCCCGUGUGCCUUGUCUCUACUGCUCUACAGGCGUCUCGCUGCAGUGCGCGAACUAGAUGGAAAAUUCGCGAUCGUUGCUCAACGCUAAUGACGCGGUUGAUGCAAGGACUUUGUAUUCUUAUUAUGCGAUUAUUCGCGCGAAGUUUUGUAUACUCGCAGAGAGUGUAUAAUCCGUUGUAUAUUUACGAAUAUUUUUUUUUCUAAUCAUUAUACAAUAAUGUAAGUCAUUAAUCAUACGCCUGCCGACUUCGCUACCUUGAUUGUCAAUCCGAAUUAUUACUCGGACUUUGUAUAAAUUAUUGUCUUCCGGGCGAUAGCGGCUGCGACCGAUGCCAGCCUAUACUACGAAAUGCAUCGCUUAUUCAAAUAGAAUAGUUAAGCGUUUUGUAUUCUUAAGAGCACUAUAUUCUCGAAAUUAGGUAGUGAAAGGCUGUUUUGUUCGUUUUAAAGUUCGUUGUAAGCAUGUAAAUAAUCGAAAAUGUGUAUAUAGUUUGAAUUUUAACAUGAUCUCCGAAUUGGAUUCACGAAUAUAAUAUAUAACGGUGAUGAAGAUGUCGAGGAUACAGGUGACGUUAAAAUGUACUAACAACAAAAUGACGAUUAACCUCCCUUGUAAAUUAAAUAAAAAGUCAAUUUUUCGUAUAA